GAAGUAAUAGUGUAUUGCUAUCAUCAUUUGCAGUUUCAAGCACUUCGGGAAAUGGUCCAUACAAAUCCACAAAUUUUACAGCCUAUGCUCCAGGAAUUGAGCAAGCAGAAUCCUCAACUUCUGAGGUUGAUUCAGGAGAAUAAUGAUGAGUUCCUUCAGUUACUAUUAUUUGAAGGCGGCGAUGGGGACUUCUUAGACCAGGAUGACCAGGAUGAGAUUCCUCAUGCUAUCAGUGUGACACCAGAAGAGCUAGAGGCAAUUGGAAGGUUGGAAGCCAUGGGGUUUGAGAGAGCACGUGUCAUCGAGGCAUUCUUCGCCUGCGACAGGAAUGAGCAACUCGCUGCAAACUAUCUUCUUGAGCAUGCUGGUGACGAAGAAUAGAGAGCAUUUAGUUCACAUUGGAGCUUGUUAUGAACAUCUGACCCAAAUUGAUGGUGACUU